AUGAUGUUCAGACACCUCCAGUUUCCUCCAUUUGCUGGUAGACUUCAGACUGCAAUGAAGCAUGUAAUAUCUGAAAGGAAGUGUCGAGCCAAAGACAUCGGUGGAGAUAGCACCACACAAGAGGUGGUUGAUGCUGUCAAUGGCAAAAAAAAAAUUUUGUGGUCCACUAAUCAAAAUGUGUGGAGGAAAAUGACAGGCUUGCUUACGAACAGAGUUGCUAUCUUGAACAUCCAGGAAGGUCUCUGCAUUGGAAAAUAA